UGUAAAUUAUUUACUGAUGCGAAUGAAAACACGUGGGAGGUGUAGAGUGUUAUGAAGACAGGAUGAGCGAUGAACAUGGUGUAGAGUGUUUAUGGGGAGAUGUCAAAAAUCAUCCGCAAUGCCCUCACGGACCAACAUUACUUUUUGGUAGAUACAUUAAUGGUGAAUUAGAGAAAUUUUACGCGUGCUCUGCUUGUCGACACAGAAAAUUAUGCAGAUUCUAUUUAAAGUAUGAACAAAAACUGUCAAAGUUUCAAAAAAAUGCAUGGGAGAAGGAAAAGAAGCAACUUGUUCAGCGUUGCCCUCAUCAAAAAUUAUAUAUCCGUUUUAAUAAGAUCAAAGCAGAAUCUGUGAUAAAUAGAUGUUAUUGCCAUAAUUGUGAAAAAUUAAUACUUAAUUCAGAAAAGGAUAAACAUAUUGAUCACGAGGUUAUAGAGAAUUUAACGGAUCAUCAGAUGCAUCAUCCAACAGAACUUCUGAAACCUCUAGAUAACGCAAAGAAGGAAGCACAAUACUUAUUCUCUAAGAAAUCUACGAAAGAUAUAGUAAACAUGCUUUUGAAGCUUGGAGCUAAGCAAGUUCUUUGCAUAGGAACACCAAGAAUACAUGAAUACAUAACUGAGUACCACAUAGAUGAAAUGUCUUCUCUCCUUUUAGAUUUGGAUGGAAGAUUUCAUAACUUUUUUGGACCAUUGGAUUAUUGUUGGUACAAUCUUUUCAAUAAUCAUUUUUUUAACAAAGAUGCAGUUGAUGUGUUCAAAGAUUUCAUCACUCAAAAUGAAGGAAAGAACACUUACUUAAUAUGUGAUCCUCCAUUUGGGGGUCGUGUGGAACCCAUAUCAUAUACAUUGAAAACUAUAUCAGAUUUGCAUAAAAAAUUAAAUAAAAUUAAUGAUGAUAAUUUUUCCUUAAAGAUUAUGUUUAUAUUUCCAUAUUUUAUGGAGCACAUAAUGAGAGAAAAGAGCAAUCCACCAUCAGUGAUUGGUGGUUUGAGGGAUUUGAAAAUGUCUGAUUACAAGGUUGAUUAUGAUAACCACCCAUUGUUUAUGUCAAAUAAACAAAGCAAAAAGCAGGGUUCUCCAGUAAGAAUCUUUACAAAUAUAUCAUUAAAACUGCUCGAGCUUCCUGCAUCUGAUGGAUACAAAUUUUGCAAAGAUUGUGAAAAAUGGGUUUCUAGCGAAAACAAACAUUGCAAAAGGUGUAAGGAGUGUACUUCCAAAGAUGGUCGUACGUACAAACACUGUAAGAUAUGCAAGCGAUGUGUGAAGCCUACUUGGAAACAUUGUGAAACAUGCAAAAGAUGUUUGUUGGAAAAACAUAAAUGUGGUCAAAUUCCAAAUAUUGUAGGUAAAUGCUUCAAGUGUAAUAAAUUUGGUCAUACUGGCAAAGAAUGCCCUAAUUCAUCGUCUAUUGAAGCUACAAAUGAGACAAGUGUAAAGAAAGACAAAAUAGUUAAGAAACGCAAAGCAGAGAAUGAAUUAAAGAUAUCUUCGACUAAAAGAGGCAAAAUUGAACAUUCAAAAAAACUUGUUAAAAAAAAAGUUUUUGUAACUAAUAAAAAGAAAGUCUGUAAAAACGAAGUGGUUUAUCGCAUUUUUUAA